AUGGGUAGACGUACAUUCGAUGAUCAACCUGUACGCCCCAUCCCCAACUGCUUCACAAUCGUUGUCACCAGUGACACUCAUCUUACCGAUCCCAAUGGUCUCAUACUCGAAGAGCGAUCCGGAUCACUCCUUCGAACUCGUUCACUCACUGAAGCAAUGACCUUUGUUAAAGAGUUUGAGGAGGUGUACAUAGUUGGAGGCCGCAGGAUAUACGAGGAUUCACUACAGUUUGUCGAUGAACUGAUAAUUACACAUGUACAUUCGGAAGAUGUUGUUGGUGAUACACAUCUUAAUCUGUUCCCUGAGAAGGGAUCUUUGCGUGAUAGGAACAAUGACCUCUGGGAGGUGGUCAGAUCACACUACCAUGCCAAAGACGAUAGACAUCAGUUUGACUACACCAUCAAGUAUUAUAAACGUGUGACACUGCGAACAGUGUUUGCAUAA